UCUUAUUCCUAGAAUGAAACACCUGAUCUAUCGAGGGCUGAACUCUACACUAUUCAUAUAUGUAUGUAUGUAUCGAACAGCUCGCACUAUGUACAUACCUACCUACACAGUACCUAGUACCUACUAUAAUUACAUAGUAGGUGGCCAGUUCAAGCUCCAACUUCCAACAGGCUGUGCUUCCCGUGUCUGUCGUAGACCAACGGAAUACACAUCUCAUCCGAUUCAUCAUCCAUCAGGCAGCCAGCUUACUACCUUUAUACUACCUUUACCUGGACAGCACAUGGUGAUACAAUACAUAGUAUUGAGCUCACUAGGUAUCACUCGUAUUGAUGAAAGCAAUAUUACUGCUACUUACCUACAGCAGUAUCUAAUAUUUAUUCUACAGCUUUUCAAGCUACUCCUAUUUCAAGUCCGAGGCUCUAUAAGACAAAGUAGACCCUCGAGCCUUGAUAAUUUGUCGCAGCAAUACCUUUACUCAGCAACACCGUAGUCUACAAGAACUGACAUUCACGGCUUGCCAUGGACGACCUUCCCCCUCCGCCGUAUACGGAGACGGAUAUCAACUCACAUGUCGCCCAAUCUGCAUCAAACGAUGACGAUGCUUCAACUGUCUCAUCUUCUCAAGGUCCCAUUAUCUACACCCCACCGGAGUCACCCCGAGAAUCUCAUUUCGACUUUUCUGGGAAUGAAGACCAUCGUACUGUAGCCUCUGUCCAAUCUUACUUCGAAUCUCACCCUGCUAUUACACAUGGACCUGAGCCAAAUAAGGUGGUUCUAUUAGAUAUCCGUGACGAUGGCUCCUCUUCUCCGUCAGAUUUCCCUUAUCCGUCUUGGAUCGGAGAAUAUGAUACCACUGAGCAAGAUUGGCACACCUUUCUUAAUUACGCCAUACCAAAUCGUAUACCAAGAGCUGAUUUACUCGCAAUCGAACGCAAGUUGAAAGCUAAGGAUGAUGGACAGUCGCCCACGGCCGAAAAAGACAUCACUGAAGCGCAACUAGGCCAGACCAAGACAUCUACUAAUUUGCCGUCUGAACCUUCACACAGUGUCGAUGCUAUGAUUCGCGAAUGGAACAAUGGCUUCUUCGGGCCAAGGGGCCUGACUGUACGUCGACCGGAUUCAUCCUCCAACGGAUUAGAUACAUCGUUUGGCCGUAGUCAGACUACGUUACCGCAGCCGGAACCACUGCGUCAGGAGCCAGGCAGCUCAAUGCCUCAAGAACAGCACCAUAGAUCAGGAUGGAACCCAUUCCGACCGUUCCAGUCGACGGCCCGCGGUCUCCGUAUUGGACGUCUCAACAUUGAGGAUGACCGCGUUUCAUUUGGUAACUCAUUUGAAGUAAAUAGAAAUGGCGUGCGAUGGAACAAUCAACCUAAUAACGACAACCACUGUCCUUUUCCCGAUCCAAGAACACGAAGCGACCCCUUUACAGUUCCUAGCACUUUCCCUGGUUCCCAUCGAGGGAGAGCAAGCUUUGGAGAUCGUGACCGCGGUAGCAUGGGGUGGGGAUCAGGCUCUCGCCCAAUGCACCAGCAUCCAUAUGGGAGCCGCAACCGCUCGCCUAGCUCCCACUCCGAUGCUUCAUCCUCGGACGCAUCCUCGGACUCUAGCAUCGGCAGCCUGCCGGACUGGGACGAUCUGAAAGACAGCCAGUUAUCGGCUACAAAGGAGUCUGUAUCGGCCUGGCUCACACAUCCAGAACUACCCGUGACUAAGUCGAUGAUCAAAGCCGCACGCUCCGAGAUAAAGGCAGCUAAAAACGCCCCCCCGACAUUGCAAGCUGACCCCAUAACCUGGGAAAUCAAGAAACAGGUGCUGCGCCAGGAAGUCAGGGCCCUGUUAGCACAGUUCAAGGAACUGAAGCGGGAGCAGAAAAAGUCUGCUAAACUAGCGCGAAAGGAUAGAAGGCAGCUAAAACGCGCUCUCAAGCGUGAACGUAGGGAUAAACGCCGAGCCGAGAGGAGAGAGCAUAAGACGCAGGGACGUGAUAUGAGGCGUGCGGAACGCGAGGCGGAAAGGGGUGCCAGGCGCGGCGGGCUUGGACCUCUCGGCCACAAUACUAUAAUUCCGGGACCUAUUGUCGCUAGUCCCCCUGUCCCUAUAAGCAGCUUGCCUCCGAUCUCAAAUCUCCCAUCUAUGCCGGGCGGUGCAUCACUGGAACACCGCGAUACACAAAGGGGAGACGGCACCACUCAUUCCUCGGUAGACCACGAUAUGGAGUCGAAGUUACUCGCGCAACAAAGCAGAAAACAACAUAUGAUGGCUAAAGACAAUAUGCCUCCAUGGCUCGGCAAUGAAGAUGAUUCAGUUUUCAUAACCAAUACUCAGCAGGACUACCAAGCCCAGCUAAUGCAGCUCGAGAUGGAAAACAAGAAGCGGCUCUUAAUUGCUAGAGCCGAGCAGGACAGACAGGCCUUGGAAAAUAUGCCUGGGGAAUCUAGCAGUGCGCAGAAUGUACCUGCUAGCACCGAUGGCCCUUGGGCCUCACAAAUCAAUCACGCACGCCUCCACGCCAUGCAAGCCCAGCACCAGGCGAAUCUGGCGCGCUGCCAAGCAGCGCGAAUACGGUCAGAUUCCCAACAACAAAUAAAUAUCGCGCGCGCGCAAGCCAUACAGGCGCGGACGCAAGCUCAGCACCAGGCGAAUCUGGCGCUCUCACAAGCAGCGCGAACACGGUCGGAUUCCCAACAACAAAUGAAUACCGCACGCGCGCGAGCCAUACAGGCGCGGGUGCACGCCCAACAACAGGCGAAUCUAGCGCUCUCACAAGCCCAACACCAAGCAAGCCGCUCACAUGAGGACGCGCUACGCAGGGAACUCGCACGAAUGAAAGCUAUGAGUAAUCAUGGGGCCAAUCAGCCGUCAGGGGCAACACAAAAUCCUGUCUCUGGGCCCUCGAACGGGACGGGCAACAAACACGCAGCCUUGAACCUUUUGAAGAAUCAGAUUAGCUCCAAAGAGCAAGCCUUGUUGGUGCUACGGACGAGCCAAAUGAAUCUCGGGCAGACUGUGGAUAGCCAAAGUGCCGAGACCAAGGCCUUUGGACGUAAAAUGAGGGAAUUGGAAUGCGAGAUCCUGGACUUGACUGCCCGUAUGCAACGUUUGAGUGUUGAGGCUGAUGAGCAGUUGGCUGCAGAGCUGGAAGAAGAGGAGAAGCGGCUGAGGGAGUAGAGCAAGAAGGGGUAGAUGUUGUUUCCACACCUACCUAAAUACCUUCCUAGGCAUUCAUGGUCAAACCAUAAGGGGAAGCUGAAGAUGAUGAACUCAACAAGAUGGAAAGAUUACAGGUAUAGAUGGGAUUCUUACACGGUUAUGAGAUCAGUGGUACUUAUAUGAACAAGGGGGGCUGGGAUCAGGUUCCGGAAAUACAACCACUCUCUGUGCUCGGUUAUUACGUUACGGCUUUAUGGGAAGGAAACGGGAGACUGGCUCACAAGAUGGGAUUCAAGAUUUUUGCAAACGUAUGGAUUUCCUCAAUAAGUACGGAUAGGUACGGUUAGAUAAUUAGGUGUCUGGAUAGAUGCACAAACGGGUAGUAAUCAGGCCCGCAAUGUCUUCUUCACUUCACACUUGGCUUUAUUCAGAAUGUAUCAAGAGCCCCCUUUUCCCCUUUUCCCCCUCUCCCCUUUUC